AUGCAGUUUAAACUCGUUUUUCCCUUCUGUCAAGCUCUCCUAGCGUGCAAAAUGAGUCCACCCGACAAGAUUUGUUUGGUGGCAUUUUUGUCUUUUCCAUCGGGUACGACAACCAACGGCCACAUCAUCAUUAACAUGGCUGCCAUUAUGCCUAAUCUACGAACGACAUUGGAUUCGCUUAUCCAUACCUAUGUUCGGCUUGUGCGUCAGUUAGCUGACCUUUCCUUUUGGGCGGUUGUCAUUCCACGGUUUCACGGUAACCGAGGGCCCAAUGUUGCUAUGGGUCCCUUAGGUGGGUAUCUUCCAUCUACUCAAUCGCAACCUUUGUACGCUCCACUGCCUCCUCCACCUCCACCUCCGUCUCUACCUUCCAUGCAAACACAAUCCGCUGUUGUGCCUUUGGGCGCGCAACCCCCUCCGAAAGCCUAUCCGGGUCUUGAAAUACCACUUAAGUCCUCUCAGCUAUCUCCCAAUACAACAACGUAUCAACAGGCAACUUGCACACUUCCUCCAGUUCCUGUCACAGCAGCUUCUGCCAUUCCGAAUUCAGCCGUAUCACUGGCAGCCCUGGCAACUGCCGUGGCGGCAAGCAAUGUUCCUGUGAGAGACUCGACGUGGUUGAAAAUGCGUGUCUGUUCAGCCUUCCUCAAGGAAGUGAUGAUGGGAGGAAACAUUCCAGAGAAAGAGAAGUGUCCCUUCACCUCUGAGAGCUGCCCUCUUGCUCAUCCUCAACCUAAUGUUAGGAUUGAAAAUGAACAUGUGACGGUGUGCUUCGAUUACAUAAAGCGAAACGAGUGUCGUCACACUAAUUGCAAGUACUUUCAUCCGCCGAAGCACCAAACAGAAGCGGUUCUGAAGCGUGGCGAUAUUACGAAAAAAAAUUCUGCGUCUCAUGGUUCACAUUCAGCGACAACGUCUCUGGCGGGCCUGUAUUGGCCUGGUGCCACUGCUCAGUCUCCCCUCAUGUUGAAUCCGGCGGCACAGGCGAACCCUGCUGCGGCCAUUGCCAUGUACGCGGCGAUGCGAGGAGCCACACCCACGAGUGGCUUUUACCCCGCCAUGGCGCCGGCUACUUCGAUUUACUCCGCCGUACCUGAUCCCACAAGCCUGGCAUCUCUUGUUGCUGGGUUCUAUCAAUUGCCAACGUCUACGGCCACAGUUCCAACAAGUGUGUACAAUCCUGUUGACUUGUUGUCUGGUCCAUCGGCGGCGCUAUUCACUCCCGGUGGCGUGAGUCCUGCGGCCUAUGCUGCUGCCGUGGCCGCGGUUAACGCAACUCGCCAAGCUGCCAUGGCUCCUCCCACACCCUCAGUUUCCGUGUCUGUUCCAAGGAAUAACGAAGAACUAGCUGCGGGUGCUUUCCCCAGUCGUAAACGGGAGGCUACAGGAGUUGUCGAUGUUCAGUCGAAUGUACCCCCUUCGAAGCGCAUCCACUCAGCGGGUGACGAUGCUGCAGAUACGGCUGCAGCUGUUAGUCAUGCAGCAUCAGUCGUCAACCAAUCUCAGCUAACAAGUUCGCUGGCCUUUAAUACUUGGCUCCAGCAGCAGCAACAACAACAGCACCAACUUACGUCUCCCCCUCCCCCUCCCACGGCCACUUCUCCCACCGUCGCACUCCAGGCUGCUGCUCUCAUGCGUCUCCAACAGCAACAACAACAGUGGGCGGCCAUGACGGCCGGCUAUGGAGCGCUCGCCGGGCUCACACCCAAUCCUGCUGCUGCGGCCGCCUACUCCACACCCACGGCACUGUUCGAUUCCCUGGCUUUUCAAUCAGCCGGUUUGAACGCGAACCCAUACACCACCAGUCUUCUGCAAAACCAAACCGUGCUGACUAACGUCGCUUACAUCAAUGAUGAAGGACAGCUUCUUGAAAGUCUUCCCAUCUGUCGCGAUUUCAAGGCGGGCAAGUGCCACAGGAACACGGAUUGUCGAUACGUUCAUCUCAUUGAUGAAAACGUUGAAGUAAACCAGGGUCGGGUGACUGUCUGUCGGGAUGCUGCUAAGGGGCGGUGCACGCGAGUUCCCUGCAAAUACUAUCACAUCCCACUUCUGGCCAUCUCAGCUAGUCGUUCCUUGGCGUUGAACUCUGCACUCUCAGCUGCUGUGGCUGCGAAUACUUUCAGCGCCAACGUCCCCGCCACCACGUCAGCGACUACUACCUCACCGACAUCCAACACAGCCGCGAAUUGCACACCGGCUUCCUCGUCUUUGUGA